AUCCAAAACCGGGGCGGUCACAUGGAGUCUCUGCACUCGUCCGACACCGAAACUUGCGGCAGGGUCCCCACAUCUUCUCAGCUUUACCUGCUUUAUCGCUUUCCUCUCUCUCCUCCGUCGGCCUUCGUAAUCGGAUCUUUCAGAGCAGCGUCGCACAGAGAGAGAGAGAGAGAGAGAGAGACUUAAGGAAUUUGACAUUUGUGAAGAAAGAAAUGGCGGUUUCAAGGGUUUCUUUUGGAUUUUUGGCUGUUGCUGUUGCUUUCAUUUUUGUCAUUGCAUUGCCUGCAGUUCAGGCCCUUUCCCCUGCUCCCGCUCCUGCCCCCACCAGCGACGGGACAUCAAUUGACCAAGGGGUUGCCUAUGUACUGAUGUUGGUGGCGCUGGUGCUCACUUACCUCAUUCAUGCUGCUGACUUUAGGUUUUGAGUGAAGAGAGACAGAGGAUUUGUAUGUAAUCUUAAUGCUUGUGUGCGAUCGUGGGUUUUGUUGUAUGUAUGGAUUGAAGCUGUUUUGAAUUUGACGAAUUUCUAAUCUUGUUGAGCUUA